AUGUCCGGCCUUCUCUCCCUCGUCGGCUGGAGCUUCCUGCCCAACUUUGUCACCGGCUGGACACAGUCUAUAUACUACUCCCUCACCAUCCGCGCAGGUGACCCGCGGCCCAUGCCCGGCACCCCUCGAUUUGCCGAGCACCGCCGUCGCAUCCACAUCCUCGUCGUCGCCCUCUAUCUGGCGUACACCAUCUACGAGGCUGACUACGAACUGCGCCGUGCCGGCUCCUUCUACCGCGACAUUGGCGUGCCCCUCACCGCCACCGACCGCGAGAUCAAGUCGCGUUUCCGCCGUCUCGCCGCCCUGCACCAUCCCGACAAAGCCGGCUCGGCGGGCGCCGACGAGGCCACCAUCAACGAUUACUUUGUCCACCUCAAGACAGCCGCCGACACGCUGCUCGACCCCGCCCGCCGCUUUGCCUACGACCGCUUCGGGCCCGUGUCUGUCGCCUGGGCCACCAACAACAGCAACAAUGGCCAGAACCGCUGCUCCACCAUCUACGACUUUGUCUCCAUGGGCGUGCGCACCCUCACGCCCUACUAUACCGUGGCCGCCGCCGCGCUGUACGGGUUGGGCCUGGUUGGCUACCUGACGUGGGGCCGCUAUGAGCGCUGGCUGGUCUUGACGAGCGUCUUGGUCUUUGAGCUGCACACCAUCUCGCGUCCCUACCACCCGCAGAUCCUGACCGACGUGCUCAACCCUCUGUUCGCUGCAUUGGUGCCGCAGCACGGGCCCUACUUGCCCUUCCAGGCCAUCCAACUCGCCCGCAAGCUCAGUUUGACCAUGUACAUUGCGUUUUCGCAGAUCGGACCGCUUUUGGGCGCCGACACGCGUAGCGGCCAGGUUGUGACCGCCGACAGCGAAGCCAACCCGAGUGGGGGUGCCCAGGGUGCCGCCGACCCGGCCCUGCUGGCUGCGCUGGAGCGCCUCGAGAGCACAAGCCGGUCACUGGACCAAGACGCCACGCGGCUGCUGGAGAUGGAGAUGGCGCCGUUUGUGGGCCAGGACGAGGUCCUGAGCAAUGUGCGUGGCAAGAUCAAGGAGUGGCUGGUACAGAACACCAUCCGGGCAGAUCCCAUGGUGCGCGACGCUGUCGGCCGGUCGUUGCAGAAACGGCGGACAGACGCACCAGCAGGCGCACGUGGAACAAGGUAG